AUGCUCGAUUUAUUAACUGAUGAUAAUAAGAAACGAUUCAAGUCUUUGUCUUUCCUUAACGUGACGGCGGCACAUGAAGAGAUCUUGCGACUGGCGACGGCGAGGUGGUAUUCUACGGUUCAAGAAGAGACUCGACGGGGUGAGCGAGUGAGAGAGACGCAGGUGACGAGCCAUGCUCGACUGCUAGACAGGGCAUAUUCAAUCGAGCAUAAAGCCGGUAUCAGCCACGACAGUAUCACUCUGAUGGCGUACAAGCGGUCCCGCGCCGCAUAUGAAGACGAUCACCCCGGAUCUCCCUUCGUCUUCUACGGCACCCCGUUGCCCCCAGACGACCCUGAUGCGCGAGACGACGGUUCCUACGUGCCGCUGUGGAAGCAGGAAGUAAGGGACGAGAGGGGCCGGAAGCGUCUGCACGGCGCUUUCACCGGUGGGUUCAGCGCUGGGUAUUUCAACACGGUUGGGUCCAAGGAGGGAUGGACGCCGUCGACGUUCGUCUCGUCUCGCAAGAACCGGGCCAAGGACAGCAAGGACAAGCAGCAGCAGCAGCGGCCAGAGGACUUUAUGGACGAGGAGGACCUGAGGGAGGCAGAGGAGGCGAGGGUGCUUCAGACUUCUACCCAGUUCGAUGGCAUUGGGUCUACGGCUACGGAUGCGAUCAGGGAUACAGGACUGGUCGAUCUGUUCGGUUCUACAGGGGAUACGGUUGGCGUCCGACUGCUGAAGCGGAUGGGGUGGAAGGAAGGGCAGGGGAUCGGGCCCAAAGUGAGAAGGAGGGCUAAGCUGGACGACCAGGAUGGUGGAGAUGAUGAUAACGGUCAAACAUAUCUCUUUGCGCCAGAGAAUACGGCCUUGAUAUCGUUUGUGGACAAGCAUGACCGCAAGGGUGUCGGCUACGAGGGGGAGCAGAGGCUGGACAGCAAGCCUGAACGCAAUAAUAUGGCUCUAUCUAAACCGUCUAUACAUGAGAAGAAGAUGCCCAAGCGGCGGCUAGGCGGGUUUGGCGUUGGAGUGCUGAAUGAUACCGGGUCGGACGACGAGGACCCCUACGAGAUCGGACCCAGCAUCUCCUACAGCAGAGUCAUCGAACCGUCAAAGAAGAGCUCCAAGGCCAAACGGGCGGACACGUCCAGGCCGGCAAUCCGGUCGUCGAACCCGCUACUGGACAGCAAGCCCGUCUUCAUCUCAAAGAAAGCUGCCGCCGGAAAGGAGAAGCCAAGCAGCUUCAGGAGGUGUCAUGACGGACGACUGCCGCUGGACGGGUUCAUCCUCAGCGUUCAGGCCGAUCUCACUCCCCAGAACAAACGGUACGAUCCCCCCAAGGUGCCGGAGGGCUGGGUGCCUGCAAAGACAGCUUCCUCCAACCCAGCAGCCAAGCAGAUCUCGCUGGCCGAGGCUGCAAAGGCGUCGACGCUCGACCCCAAGGCCAGAGCUGCACUUCUGGGCGAGACUCAGCUGCCGGGCAAGUCAGUAUUCGACUACAUGACACCCGAAGCCCGUGAGAGGAUCGCCCUCGCGACCGGACGGACCGACCUUCCACCCGCGCUGGGCGAAAAGGCGCCCAAGGGGUUCGAGGCAUCAGACAGCCAGAAACGAAAGGAUAUCUGGGACCUGAUCCCUCCGCUGGACAAGGAGGCUGCCCUGCAGGCCCUCAGCCGAGGAGCCAGCGGCUGGAUGCCGUACGCAGAAGACGAGGGCAAACGCAGCCGCUACAGGUCGUUCCUCGAGGUUCGAGCCGGCAUCGUGACCGAUCGACUGCCAGACCGUCUCCCAGGCUCUUCGACAGACGAAUGGAUCACCGAACUGCGCGAGUUCGCCCGCGCUGCCGAAGUAUUCAAGCCCAUAUCCGGCCUGAUGGCCUCUCGUUUCACCUCCUCCACCACCACCACGGCCGGCAGCAGCAGCAGCAACUCUACCAACCCUCUGUUAACAAGGCCCGAAGCCAAACCGGAGGACCCAACAGAGUCAGCUGCUAAGCUUGGGAUGUACGGCCCCAUGACCCGUCUCCAUCGACCGUUUGUGCCGGUCAGGCUGCUCUGCAAACGGUUCAACGUUCGGGUUCCUGCCAGCGCCAGACAGGACGGCUCUUCUUCCGCCGGUGGAGCAGGCCUGUUAGCUGAUCUUGCAGGCCUCGAGAACCCUGCAGAGCCGCCACCAGAGCUUGUUUCCAAAGAAACGAUGCAUCAACUGAUGAUGGAAUCAGGGCGGAAGAUACACCCGCCCGGCUCGACCGUGCCGGCUGGGGAGCCGGAGACGCAGGCCGUGGAGCCGGCGGCGGUCAACCCAGAUCGCAACGAGGCACUCGAAGGCGAGAGGCCCGGCGAGGCGGUGUUCAGAGCCAUCUUUGGCAGCGAUGACGAGGACGAGUGA